UCAAAACCCAAAACUGUCACUAAAGUCAGUCCUUAACUCUUUCUUCAAACCUUACAAACUCUUUCAGGAACUUCAAAAGCCAAAUCGAUGGGAAAGAGUCAGAGGAAUAAGCAAAAAGAUGAGCAGAAUCAAUUCACAAUCGUUACUUUCAUAUUAAAUCCGCUCCUCCUGUAGCACAAGGUUUGUUUGUUAGCGAGCAUCAUCUAAAGAGAACAAGUACGACCUUUCUAUAGAUCCUCCGACUAAAAAAGAUAGAUCUCUCUCAAGUUUGAACUAUUUAUAUUAAGGGAAAUAAUAACAAGUCUUCAUGUCCCUCCCAUUACCAAAACCACAAUAUGACUUUCUCAAAACAACUCUUUCUUUACCUCUUCUUCCUCUUCCCUCUCCUACACGCUUCACACACAAAUCAAUGCUCUUCUUCCUCGUGCGGUCUUGACGAUGUCCAUGUCCGUUUCCCUUUUUGGUUACUCUCGAAACAACAGGAGUUCUGUGGCCAUGCCGGAUUUAAUCUUCAAUGCACAAGUAGUCUCACGACAGCUCUCAAGCUUCCUAAUUUCGGAACAUUUCUUGUCCGAGAGAUCGACUAUAUAAGCCAGCAGAUUCGUCUCCAUGACCCUGAAAGUUGCUUGGCAAGAAAGCUUUUGACCUUUGACAUAUCAGGAUCCCCUUUCUCUGCUCUCUACCUUGCCAGCUACACGUUCUUGAGCUGUCCUAAUGAGGUAGCAAAGUCGUCCAGGUUUGACUCCAUCCCAUGUUUAGGCAAUUCAACGACCUCGUUCUUGGCUACAACUAGUUUGGAUCUCGCAAAAUCUAUGCUGCCUUCUUGUCAGAUCGUCAAGACAUCAACUAUUCCGGUUUCUCGGCGAGUUACUGCCGGAAAAUCAAGAUUCUCGACUGAUGUCAACGAUAAAGACCUUUGGCUGAAAUGGGAUUCACCAAGUUGUAGCAAUUGUGAGAGGGAUUAUUUGAGAUGUGGAUUCAUAAGCAAUACUUCUCUCCAAGUCAAAUGCUUCCCAUUUGAAAAAUCCGGCAACAACAACACGAGACUACAAGUGCUUAAAAUUAUGAUCCUGAGCAUAAUUGGACCGGUCAUGAUCUUUGCUACGUGUAUUGCAAUCGGAGUUUGCACCUCUGAAAGAUUCGCUUCCCGGAUACAACGCAACGUGGCUAUCGCCGCCUUGCAGCCAAACGAGGUUAUAAUCACGACGGGCCUUGACGAGUCUACAAUAGAAUCAUAUAAGAAAAUGGAAUUAGGAGAGAGUAGAAGAUUACCGGGAACUAAUGAUAUUGUUUGCCCCAUUUGUUUAUCGGAGUAUGUUAGCAAAGAGACCGUGCGGUGCAUACCGGAAUGUGAUCAUUGCUUCCACAUUGAAUGUAUAGAUGUGUGGCUUAAGAUUCAUGGUUCAUGUCCUCUUUGUCGGAAUUCUCCUUCUCCAGCGCGUCAAGCUAGCUGAUUAAGAUUGUAGUGGAUGUAAUAGCCGAUUAUAUUUGUUUACAAUUCACUUUUUUUACACUUUUGAUUAUAGUUAUACUCUUAUCUUUA